AUGGCAAGUGAAUCUUCCAAACCGAGAGUAACCUUCCUCCCCGGUCGGCGCAAUCACAACUACGGCUUUCCUCCCGAAGCUUUCGAUUACACGAGGUUACCUGACGUCGACCGCGAAUUUCUCCCUCCCGAACACCUCGCCGCCUUCGCCUCGGCCCUAAACGCCCCCGAUCCAUCAAAUCAAUCCUCUAACGAUACUACCUCUCUAUUAAGUCCUACCAGAAGCAUAAAUAGCCUCGAUAUAACUAGAUCUGGAUCCGUAGCCUCUGUCGAUUCUCCUUACCCCGAAAGCGCGGCGACUCAAAAUGGCACACAGGGGAGCAUGUUUAUCACGGCGCAGAAUGACUGGGCACCGGUAAAUCAAAAAGUCACGAAGCAUGGUCGAAAAAAGAGGAGGAAGAAGACCGCACUCGGCCGCCGCACCGUAGACGAGACUCGGGAAGGCCACCUAUACGGACUGCUGAAAUGGCCAUUUCUCCUAUUCGUCGGCAUGUGGAUCAUAGGCCUAGGCGCAUCGUAUCUAUGGACGAGGUUCUACAUUUUCCUGUACGAACACUUUAUAGCCUGGAGAGGGGCGAGAGAAAGGCUUCGUCGGAAUAUGCGAGCUACGAGUAGCUAUCGCGAUUGGGUGAAGGCGGCGAAGGAGAUGGAUGCUUUCUUGGGGAACCAGGCUUGGAAAGAGGAGAACGAGUACGCUUACUACGAUUCGAAAACUGUACGCCGUGUUUGGGAGCAGCUACGUAAACAUAGAAGAACCGCCGAAGCGCAAGAAGCGAAGGGUUCGGGCGCGCAUGGAUAUGAGAAUGGAGGGGCCGAAGGUCGUAAGGCUGUUGAAGAGCUGAAGGCCUUGACGGAGGCGUGUGUGAAGAAUAAUUUUGUUGGAGUUGAGAACCCGAGGCUUUAUAGCCAGACUUACUAUGGGACUAAGAACUUAGUCCAGAAUUUCAUAGAUGAAGUGGAGAAAAGCACACGAUUUCUAGCCCACACGGAUCAGAUAUCCUUCGAGGAGAAGCGAGCGUUGUUUAAGAGAAUGCACGCGAAUUAUGGGCGUACAGCACUCUGUCUAUCUGGAGGUGCGGUUUUCGCAUACUACCAUUUCGGAGUCGUCAAGGCGCUGCUCGAGGCAGAUUUGGUGCCGGACGUCAUCACCGGUACUAGCGGUGGUGCUCUGGUCGCAUCCCUUGUCGCGACGCGGACUAACGAUGAGCUCAAGCAGCUGUUGAUUCCGGCGCUGGCACAUAAAAUCAAGGCUUGCUCGGAACCAAUUAGCACCUGGUUCCCUAGGUGGUGGAAGACCGGGGCGAGAUUCGACUCGGUCGACUGGGCUCGCCAGGGGAGCUGGUGGUCUCGCGGCUCUAUGACGUUUAGAGAAGCCUACCAGCGCACCGGACGUAUCCUGAACGUCUCCUGUGUUCCUGCAGACCCUCACUCGCCUACCAUCCUUUGCAACUACCUCACAUCACCAGACUGCGUGAUUUGGUCCGCAGUCCUAGCCUCCGCCGCCGUCCCCGGAAUCCAGAACCCAGUAGUGUUAAUGAUGAAAACGCGCGACGGCAACCUAGUCCCAUACUCCUUCGGACACAAAUGGAAAGACGGCAGCCUACGCACCGACAUCCCGAUCAAAGCGCUAAAUCUACACUUCAACGUCAACUUCACAAUCGUCAGCCAAGUCAACCCGCACAUCUCGCUCUUCUUCUUCUCCUCGCGCGGCACCGUCGGCUCGCCCGUAACCCACCGCAAAGGCCGCGGCUGGCGCGGCGGCUACCUCGGCUCCGCUACAGAACAGUACAUCAAGCUCGACCUCACGAAAUGGCUCAAAGUCCUCCGCCAUCUGGAACUGCUCCCCCGUCCCCUCGGCCAGGACUGGUCACAGCUCUGGCUCCAGCAGUUCAGCGGCACCAUCACGAUCUGGCCGCAGGCCAAACCGAGCGAUUUCUGGAAUAUCCUGUCUGAUCCGGACCCCGACCGGUUGGCGCGCAUGAUUCAUGAGGGCCAGCAGUCGGCGUUUCCGCGCAUGAAGUUCGUGGCGAAUCGGUUGAAGGUGGAGAGGUUGAUUGAGAUGGGCAGGAGGGAGACGCUAGGGGGUGGGGUUAGGAGGGGGAGUAUUGAGAGUAUUAUUGAUAGAGAGGAUUUGGAGAGUUUGCUUAGGGGGAGUGGGGGGUCUACGGAUGGGGAGACUACGGAGGCGGAUGCGGAUGGGGAGGAGUAUGUGGGUGUGGAUGAGGAGGCUGUUGAGGAUGGGGAGUUUGAGGAGAGGUUUGGCGAUGGGGAGGAGGAAGUGGGUGAUGUUAAGGAGGAUUAG